AUGGAGACUCUGCCAGACGAAAAAAUGCAGAUGACAGAUAUCGAGGCGAGCAAGUCUCUGGCAACCGAAGAUGUUGUACUCGGCUCGGUGGAGGAGCAGCACAAGACCAAGGUUGAAUCUAUCCGCGAGAGAUUCGCCGUGUUGCGGUUUGCUCAUGGCAUUGAAACAUUCCUCGACAAGAAAGUCGGCAUGGAGACCCAGGGCAUCGAUCGCAUGGCAGAGGACGAAAGACGGCCUCCGCCGAUGUGGAACGUGUUCGUCCUCUGGUGUGGGGCCAACAUUUGUGUCCAGACUCUGCCAUUUGGAGUGCUCGGUCCUGAACUCGGUCUAUCUCUUCACCUGUCGAUCGCUGCCAUUGUGGUGGGUUCAUUGCUCGGUGGUGCGUGUACAGCAUUCACCUCCUCACUGGGACCAAAACUUGGCCUCAGAACCAUUGCUGCGGCUCGAUAUUCAUUCGGGUUCUAUGGUGCCAAACUCUGUGCUUGCAUCACGAUUCUCGUCAACGUCGGAUUUACUGUGAUCGGAGUUGUCGUCGCGGGACAAAUCCUCAGUGCGGUUUCCGACUAUCGCAUGACGCUCAGCGUUGGUAUUCUGAUUAGCAGCAUCCUCUCCUAUCUGGUGACGGUGCUCGGCUUACACUUCAUCCACAUAUUUGAGAGAUACGCCUGGAUCCCCUCCCUCAUUCUAUUCCUUGUCCUUGUGGGCCAAGCGAGUCCCCAUGUGUCCCCGUCUACGCCAUCGUCGGUCGAAGGCCUGGAGCUUGCCGGGACUUUCCUGUCAUACAUGGCCAUCGUCUUUGCGUACGCUUCUGGGUGGGCCCCGAUCGCAGCCGACUAUACCUGCAGCUAUCCCUCGACGACGCCACAAUGGAAGAUCUUCAUCCUGACGCAUUCGGGCCUUGUGACAGCAUGCACUCUCCCAAUUUCCAUAGGCGCUUGUGUCGGGAGCGCUGCCAUGGCGUAUGCUCCAUACGGUGACGCCUACAACGAGCAUGGCUUUGGCGCGCUUAUUGCCACCGUUUACCAUCCUGUCGGCUGGUCCAAGUUUGCCCUGGUCGUGUUCUCAUUCACGGUGAUCAGCCAAAACACCGUCAUGAUCUACUCCAACGGCUUGGCUGCACAGCUUCUGGGGGAUUACUUCCACGCCGUUCCACGCUUUGUCUGGUCCUUUGUGGUCAUAUGUGCAGUACUCCUUCUGGGUCUUAUCGGACGAGCGCAUCUCUCUGAUAUUAUUACCGACUUUGUCGGUCUCCUCGGAUACUGGACAAUCGCCUUUGCCACUAUUGUCUUUAUUGAAGAUCAGGUGUUCAGAAGGCGUAGCGGGUACGAUCUGAGAGUCUGGGACGAUGCGAAACGGCUACCAGUGGGCGCGGCCGCUGUUACUUCACUCUUCAUCGGAUACUGUGCCGGUGGUCUUCCGGGAAUGGAUCAGACUUGGUACGUUGGACCUAUUGCAAAGUCGUUUGGAGGCAUGGGCGGUGACGUUGGCACUUUUCUUUCAUUCGGUUUCACUUGUGUAUCGUACCCUAUCCUCAGGACCAUCGAGAGGAGAGUUACCAGAAAGUAG